CCUCAGUGUGAAUCCGGCGGGCGUAGGUGAAGGACGUUGCUGCGCGUGCCUCCUUCCCUCUCGGCCCUCGCUUCCCGCCUCUCCCCGGCCUUCACCUCGCGCGGGGCAACACAAUGACCGGCGCCGCUCUCAGGCUGGCGGUGGUGGCGGUGGCGGCGGUGACGGCGGGAUGGUGGUGGAAUGUGGCCGCCGACCCUGCCUUCCCAGUGAGCUACAGGACCAAGGGGAACAGCCUGCCGGAGAGGAGAGAAAGCGUGGAGGAGGUGGACUUACUGCAGGCUAUCGCGGUGCCCUUCGAAGACCCCUCCACCCAGUACUUCGUGACGGGCUUCGAUGGAUUCCCCGCCUUCGGGUUCAAAGUCGGCGCCAGCAUCAAACAUCCCUUCAGACUCUUCCUGCCCGAGCGCCUCUACAGGGAGUUCUCGAUCCAGGCCGCCGUUAAGCCCGACACAGAGGAGCCAAUGUUCCUCUUCGCAGUAACCAACCCGCUGGAGAACCUCGUACAGCUCGGCGUCUCCCUCUCCCCAAGUGUUCCGGGCGCCUCCAACCUCUCGCUCUUCUACACGGACGCCGAGAGACACAUGACCUCGCAAACCAUCGCCUCCUUUCUCGUUCCGCAGUUCAAGGGAGUGUGGACCAGGUUCGCGUUCCGGGUCACCGCCGCGGAGGUUCAGCUUUGGUUUAACUGUCAGCGCUACAACGAGGUGGUGGUGCAUCGUGUCCCCCAGCAGCUCGUGUUUGACUCCGCCUCCACGCUGUACAUCGGCCAGGCGGGGGGGAUCUUCAAGGGAUACUUCGAGGGGGCGCUGCAGGAACUCCGGAUCUACAGCUCCCCCGACAUGGCACAAGUCCAAUGUAACAACCAUUUCGCGUACCACACCUCGGGGUCAGGUGACGGGCGUGCUGACCUGCCCGUGCUGGAGGAGGACAGUUUCACGUUCGACAUGGAAGAGGAAGAGGAGGAAGAUUUGCCACUCCCGAGGUUGGAGGGUUCGGGGCUGGACUUCGACGGCGCCCCUCCCCCCCUACCGCCCCCGCCCCCCCCUCGAGGCUGCGACGACAAGCACUGUAGGGCGGUGGGCAUGACGUGGGCAUGUAAGGGCAUGGAGUGGGAGAAAGCCGUGUACCCGAACCUCCUGGGACACGGGCCGAGGGAGGCGGAGGCGAUGGCGGCGCUGUUCUGGCACCCUCUCAACUCCCUGGGCUGCAAUAAGGAGUUCCGCUUCGUCGUGUGCUCCCUGCUGGCCCCACCCUGCCGCCCUGGCCUGCACAAACCCCUGCCGCCCUGCCGAGAGGUCUGCGAGGUGGGGCUGCGUCAGUGCCUCCCUGUCAUGUACCGGAACCUUCUCCCCUGGCCUCAGAACACCUUUACCUGCACCAUGCUCCCCUACAGCCACCAGGACUCUUGUUUGAGGUACCACCAGGGGCAGGUUGUGUUUCCGAAAGGGUUGGAAUCCCACUGCGCCACCCAGGGCCUCUCCGAGUACUAUGAUGAUGAAUUUAAUGACUCGGUGACCUCAGAUAACCACCACCGCAUUCUGGACUUCGAGGAUGACGAGUACGAUGAGUCUAGUCACUUGGGAUACCACGAAGACCCUCAAGACUUCGAUGGGGAUGACUUCGGCGGCCCAACAAGCUCCAGGGACCAUCUUCGGGUGUUCGGUGACGGUGCUGAUGAUGGUGAUGGUGCCCUGGCCCACUCCGGAGACCACGCUCUUCAGGACUUCGAUGUUCGCUGUGAUGGGGACUUCUGCGAUGACUCCGACGGGGAUGAUGGUGGUAGUGGUGGUUAUCGUAGUAGUGAUGACGAUAUGGAGGGGUCAGGAAGGACGCUCACCACUACUCCCACCACCACCACUACCACCACUACCACUGCACCCACUACCACCACUACCACUACUACUACCACUACUCCAAUGCCUAAGAUAUCAUUCGUUACCACCACUCCUACUACCACCAUCCUCCCUUCCCCCUCCUCCUCCUCCUCCUCCUCCUCUUCUCGCGGGCACCAAGAAGCGGGUUACCUCGUGUCCAGCGGUGCGGUCAACGAUUUUCUCGCUCUUCCCGGACCAAAGGGAGAGAAAGGGAGCAGAGGUCCGAGGGGUCCCCCAGGGGAGUCCAUAGCGGGUCCCCCCGGGCGACCAGGCCCCCCCGGUCCCCCAGGCCCCUCGACGAGAAAGAUUCCCUUCCCGCCGGACGAGGAGAACGGGGUGGACGCGGAGGUGUGGGCGCGGCGCGGGGAGUGUGCCUGCAACACUACACACCUGGUGGCCGCUGUGUUGGCGCAGAUCCCUCGUGGGCCGCGGGGACCCAAGGGAGUGCCAGGCAGGGACGGCGUGGCGGGCACCCCGGGCACGUCGGGACGGUCGGGGCCCCCGGGGGAGCGCGGCCCCCAGGGGGAGAAGGGAGACAAGGGGGACAGAGGCGGCACGGGGAGGCGAGGAGCGGACGGGCCCCAGGGAGCCAAAGGGGAGUCUGGGCUGGAUGGACCCCCGGGGCAGCGUGGGGAGCCUGGCGCACAGGGACCCCCGGGGCAACCAGGCUGGGCCAACCACGACCCACAAUGGAAGCCGCGCAAUAUGUUCAAGCUCGAGAACGGAAUGACGGUGGCCCCAGCUCGCCCCGGGACCCCAGGCGCCCCGGGGGUGAAGGGGGAGCAGGGGGCGCUGGGGGAAAGGGGCCCAAGAGGUCACCCCGGGAGUAAAGGGGAGAAAGGGGAGAAUGGAAGCCCUGGGGAGAAGGGUGACGAGCAAAAAAUGCUGAUUCUUACAUUUUAUCCUUUCUCUCUUCCUUUCUUUUUUCUUUCUUUUAUUCUUUCUUUCCACCUUUCCGGCCUGGCAGGUGAGAAGGGCAGCGCCGGGCGUGGGCUACCAGGACCCCCGGGCAUCCCUGGCAAGAUGACGGAGGAGGACCGAGCCGAAAUCUUCAAGCAGCUGGUGGAGCGGCUGGAGAGCAAGAACCUGGGCAGCGGGUCUCACCUGGGGGAAGGCAUCGGCGUUUGGGACCCCAGUGGAGGACUUACCUGGGUGGAAGAAACAGACGACGAGGAGCUGGGGCGUGGCAGUGAAGGCUCCGGCGGUGUGCUGUAUGUGCCCUACCACCCCAAGGAAGGUCGAGGGCUGCGUGGUCCCCCCGGUUCCCCAGGCCCCCGCGGGCCCCAGGGGAUGGAGGGCAUCCAGGGGCUGAUGGGACCCCCGGGGGAUCGAGGCCCCCCCGGCCAGCCCGGCAUGGAUGGGUUACCAGGUCCGAAGGGCGACAAGGGCGAGGGGGGCACCCCAGGUCGGGACGGGACACCAGGUCCUGUGGGUCCCCUCGGGGCGAAGGGUGAGCGGGGCCUGCCGGGUGUGUCGGGGCAGGUGGCCACGCUGGUGCUGCCCGACGGGAGCAACGUGACGGUGGUCAAGGGCGACAAGGGUGACAGAGGACGCCGCGGGAAGAGGGGGCGGAGGGGACCACAGGGACCCCCAGGACCCACGGGGGAGCUGGGCUUACCUGGAUGGCCGGGUGCCCCCGGUCGGCCCGGCCCCCAAGGCCCCCCCGGGAAGGGCCUGAAAGGUGAGCCAGGCCCCCCAGGACCGCCGGGCCCCCCAGGACCCACCCCGCCCCCUGGCAUCCUGAACGGCAUACUGGGCAGCAGCAGUUCUGACGUGGCGGAGGCUCGUGAGGGUCCCCCAGGCCCCGUCGGCCCCAGUGGCCCCAGUGGCCCCCCAGGACCCCCGGGCCCCCCAGGAGCUGAGGGCCCCCCAGGCAAGCCCGCUCCCCCCAGUGAGAAUGUCCACGGCUACAUCCCCGUGCCCGGCCCACCAGGCCCCCCAGGACCCCCAGGACCUCCCGGUCCACGCGGCAGCCCUGGCCCCAGCACGCCGGAGCAGGGAGGUCCGAGCCAGGGGACACCAAGCAGCCCGUCCUCCCAGCCACCGAACAUAGGGCAAAGAGGAGGCGGCGGUUUUGGUGGCAUAGACGAGCUGAGACGCAUCACAGGACACAGAGGGAACAGAGGUCCCUCGGGGCAGGACGGCGGCCCCCUGGUGGUGCCCAGUGUGGUCACCUACACGGACCGGGCCUCCAUGCUUAAGAUGAGCGACGCGACCCCCGUGGGCAGCCUCGCCUUCCUGCUGGACGAGGAGAAAAUGCUCGUGCGCAUCAACAGGGGAUGGCAGCACGUCAGCUUGGGGUCAGUGGUCACCCCGCCAACCACCACCCCCGCCCCGCCCACCACCAACCCCCCGACCACCGACACCACCACCACCCCGCCCUCCGCUGUCGGCACCCCUUCCCUGCAGGUACACUCGCUCCAUAACAACAAGGACGGGCCAAAGGAAGAAUUGACGAAGCUCCGCCUCGCCGCCCUGAACCAGCCCUACACCGGGGAUAUGCGCGGGGUGAGGGGCGUGGACUAUACAUGCUACAGAGAGGCGCGCAGGGCGGGUCUCAGUGGUACCUUCCGGGCCUUCCUCACCUCCAGAAUACAGAACCUGGACUCCAUCGUGAGGAAGGUGGAUGCUGACCUACCUGUCGUGAAUAUCAAGGGCGAGGUUCUCUUCAACACCUGGCGCGGCAUCUUCUCCGGGGACGGCGGACGGUUCAUGCAGAGGCCCAGGAUCUUCAGUUUCGACGGGAAGGAAGUGUUGAGCAGCCCGGAGUGGUGA